GUGGUUUUUUGGUCUCUUUUUUCUCUUCCAAAUUUUAUGCAGUUUUCCCUGGCCCAAAAGCGGCGCCACCCAGUUCGAGCAGGUGCCCCGUUCCCUAGCCAAACGAGCCACCCGUUCCCUUUUAACCACCGCCGCAGACGGCGGUGCCCGGUUUGAAAGCUCUGGUCUUUCGACGGCAAGACUACUCUCUCUCUCUCUCUCAAAAUAGCGACCACCAUACCAGUAAAACGGAGCGCAGUCUUUCUUUGUACUUUUGAGACUAGCGUUUCGCCUCGACCAGUGAGGUCCAAGUGGGUCUCCAAUCAGAACCACCAAAUUUCAUCGGCUUGCGAUCGAAGGCAAGUUCCGUUGCUUGCUUUUUUACCGGGGGCGUAAUCGGUAGAAAGCUUAUGCACGCAGAAGAGUCUUAUAGCCCAAAAACAAAGGGGAAUAUCGGUUUUAGUAGUUCCUUUAAGACCAUAUAUAAUAAUACUCACACAGCGACAAUCUCCCUUUACGCUCGUAAGAUGCCAUCAAUGGACCCUGCCGGAAGCGAAGGUUCCAAUGGCGGCCCCAAAGCCGACUUCUUCGCCAGGAAGCAAAGGAUUGCGCAGCAGAGAAAAUCCCUACCUAUUGCUUCAGUUGAAAAACGACUCAUGGAUGAGGUCAGGAGUCACGACAUUCUUAUAAUUGUUGGUGAAACUGGAAGUGGAAAAACAACACAGUUGCCACAAUAUCUAUUUAAUGCGGGAUUCUGCCGUGAUGGGAAAAUCAUCGGGAUCACUCAACCUAGACGUGUUGCCGCUGUUAGUGUUGCAAAACGGGUAGCUGAGGAAUGUGGUGUUGAAAUGGGCCAAAGAGUUGGGUAUUCCAUUAGAUUUGAUGACAUGACUUCCAGUUCCACACGGAUCAAAUACAUGACAGAUGGGUUGUUAUUGAGGGAAGCAUUAUUGGACAAAUAUCUCUCUAAGUACUCUGUUGUUAUUGUUGAUGAGGCUCAUGAGAGAACUGUUGACACUGAUGUCUUGCUGGGCAUACUGAAAAGUGUACAGAAAGCUAGGUCGGGACCCAUCAAUCAACUCCCUAAUAUCGAUCACACAAAGGCAAACAAUGAAGUGGUGAUAGACGAAGAAAAUGAUUCUCAACGUGCUAGUAGUCUCAAUCGAUGCCGAGGCCUAAAGCUCAGUCCAUUGAAGUUAAUCAUCAUGUCUGCCAGUCUGGAUGCACGUGGUUUUUCUGAGUACUUUGGUGGUGCAAGAGCUGUUCAUGUUCAAGGGCGACAGUUUCCUGUUGAUAUAUUCUACACUAAAGCUCCUGAGACAGAUUACCUUGAUGCCACUUUAAUAACUAUAUUUCAGAUACAUUUGGAAGAGGGUGCUGGUGAUGUACUUGUGUUCCUUACUGGCCAAGAGGAGAUUGAAUCGGUCGAGAGGCUUGUCCUAGAAAAACUUCAACAGGUACCUGAAGAAAAACGGAAGUUAAAAGUUUUGCCUAUAUACUCAUCUCUUCCAUCUGAAAAGCAGAUGCAGGUCUUCAUGCCAGCUCCAAUUGGAUUUCGCAAGGUAAUACUAGCAACCAAUAUUGCUGAGACAUCUGUAACUAUACCUGGAAUUAAGUAUGUGAUCGAUCCUGGAUUGGUGAAAGCACGCACCUACUCUGCUCGUACAGGAAUGGAAUCGUUGCUUGUUGUUCCAACUUCAAAAGCACAGGCUCUUCAAAGGAGUGGACGUGCAGGCCGUGAAGGAUCUGGCAAGUGCUUCCGCCUCUAUCCAGAGAGGGAAUUCGAGAAACUCAGUGAUUCCACAGUUCCAGAGAUCAAGCGUUGCAACCUCUCAAAAGUCGUUUUGCAACUUAAGGCUCUUGGUGUUGAUGAUAUUAUUGGCUUUGACUUCAUGGAAAAACCGUUAAGGGAAGCUGUUAUCAAAUCAUUGGAGUUACUGGCCUUGCUAGGUGCUCUAACAGAAGAAUCCAGAUUGUCAAAACCAGUUGGACAUCAAAUGGCCCGGCUGCCGUUAGAUCCAACUCAUGCCAAGGCACUGAUCUUGGCUAGUCAGUUUAAUUGCUUGGAAGAAAUGUUAAUAACUGUCGCAAUGCUCUCAGUGGAAUCUAUUUUCUAUGUGCCUCGUGAGAAGCUAGAGGAGGCUCGGACUGCAGCAAAGUGCUUCUCAAGUCUGGAGGGAGACCAUCUGACAUUGAUUAAUGUAUACCGUGCUUCUGAUGAGUUAUUUGAGAAGAGCAAGAUAGGAAACAACAGAGAAAAAGCUGAAAAAAACAUGAGAAAAUGGUGCAAAGAAAAUUUCAUCAAUAGCCGCUCCGUAAGGCAAGCUCGAGACAUUCACAGGCAAAUUCGGGAAAAUGUUGAACAGAUGGGUCUGCAUGUUGCUUCUUGUGGAGACGAUAUGCUUCAAUUUCGUCGUUGCCUUGCUGCUGCAUUUUUCCUCAAUGCAGCUUUGAAGCAGCCUGAUGGUACAUACAGGGUUUUUUCAAGUGGUCAGUCGGUGCAGAUCCACCCUUCUUCUGUGUUAUUCAGGACAAAACCAGACUGCUUAAUUUUUGAUGAACUAGUACGUACAAAUCAUAAUUACAUUCGGAAUGUGUCUAGAGUUGACUACUUGUGGUUACCUGAGCUGGCUCCUCAAUACUACACAUUGAAGGAGUAGAAAGUCAUGGCAUCAAUAUUGAAGAUAUCGAUUGCUUUGUUGGAGGGGACUUGUUCAACUGCAUCUGAUUCUUGGAAAGGGGUCUAAAAGGUUGAUAAGCCUGCCAAGUAUUUGCAGGUGCUUGUUUGUUUUGUGGCAAGGAGUUUCCAGGAAAGGUGAUCUGUUCUCAAGCCAACAUUCUUAGCCCUAUUUAUUGAAAGGCUCUAUUUCAAUCUGAAAACAAAGCUGGAGUGAGGUUAUGGCAGCCAUUUUUCGGCGUUGGCAGUGUCUCUUCAACGGUAUUUUCGUGCACAAAUAUAUGCACUGCAAUGCACUUUCGAUUUGAUAAUGUAGUCUAGUUAGGUAUGGUUAAUUGUGCUUGCGGGGGUGCGGUUCUUUGAGUUCUUUAGUUGCUUCACAGUCUUACUUUUGGCAAGCUCUUUAGUCUUUCACAAUGUUAAGGGAAGUGGAGAGGAUGAAGGGGAGGGCAAGGCUGGGGCCUGUUUGGUACAUUGCUUAAAGGUAAUUUGUUUGUUGUUUAUCCAUACGAAAUUGGAGUAACAAACAAGCGAUGUUAACUUAAGGGGAUUUCCGUAUUUCUCGUAUUUGGAUUCUUUUGGGCUGUAUUUACCUUUUUGACCAUUGAUUUGUGUAAUGAAAGAAGAAUGGUAAGUGGUAA